AUGCGUCCACUCCCGGCGUUUGUGGCAGCUCGCCUCGCCGCCGUCCGCGCGGACCCCGGCGGCGUCCCGCUCCCCGUCUUCAACUCCCUACUCUCCGCCGUCGCCUCCUCCCACUCCCACUCCCAUCUCCCGCUCCACCUCUUCCGGCGCCUCCUCCUCCCUCGCCGCCGUCCGGACGCCUUCACGCUAUCCUCCCUCGCCUCCUCCUUCCUACAACUCCUCUCCUCCCGCUCCCGCUCCCACGCCGCCGCUUCUCUCCACGCCUUCUCCCUCCGCCUCGGUCACCUACACGCCGACCCCGUCCUUACCAACUCCAUCCUCCUCCUCUACCUCCGCUUCUCCCACAGCGUCACCAACGCGCUCCACCUGUUCGACGAAAUGCCCGUCCGCACCGCAUCCACUUACAAUGCGCUCAUCUCCUACUCACCACCACACGCUUCUGACAUCUGGCCCUUUCUGCGUCGCAUGGUCACAGACGACAGGCUCACCCCGGACAGGUUCACGCUCUCGGCGCUUCUCUCUUCAUCAUCCAUGAUGUCCCAGCACCACGGCAGGGAACUGCACUGCUUUGCUAUCAAGGCUGGGAUGUGCAGCAAUAUCGAUUUCCACGUUACCAGCGGGCUCGUCUCCAUGUACUGCAGGGUUCGCCAGCCACGCCUUGCACGGCGGGUUUUCGACAGGAUGCAGCGCAGAAAUGUCGUUUCCUGGACAGCAAUGGUGGGAGGGUAUGCGGAGAAUGGAAUGUUUCAGGAUGCAGUCAAUGCUUUCCGAUCAAUGUGGCUGAUCGAUGCUAUUCUGCCAAACAGGAUUGCCUUGAUCAGUGUACUCUCUGCUUGUAGCGGCGGCCUCAUGGGCUUGGCACAGGGUAAGCAAGUGCACGGUUUCGCACUGAGGAUGGGGCUAUACGGGGAGAUGUCUCUCAACAAUGCUCUCAUUGACAUGUAUGCAAAGGGCGGGGCCUUGCGUUAUGCAAGGCGUGUCUUCGACGAUGAUACUUGCCGCAAAGAUAUCAUCUCAUGGGGUUCAAUGCUACUGGGUUACGGCCUUCACGGUAUGGGUGCAGAAGCAGUUGCACUGUUUGAUCAUAUGCGUGCUUCUGGGGUUAAGCCAGAUAGCAUAAUUGGUCUGGGCGUGCUUUCAGCUUGCUGCAGGGCGGGCUUGGUGUUGGAGGGACUCGAGAUAUACAACUCCCUGCUCAAGGAUCACAAAGUUCAACCAACCCAGGAGAUGUCUGCCUGUGUAGUUGAUUUACUGGGACGUUCUGGGCUCAUUCACCAUGCCUUGGACUUUAUCAAGUCAAUGACCGUACAGCCAGGACCUAGUGUUUGGGGAGCACUUCUGGAUGCCUCUGUUAUUCACAGUAACAAAGAAGCUCAAGACUUGGCUUGCAAAUCUCUUCUUACAAUGGAACAAGGAAGUCCAUCAAAUCUUGUCUUAGUAUCUAACCUAUAUGCCAAUUCUGGUAGGUGGAAUAUUGUUGAACAAGUGAGGGCAAAGAUUAAACAGGGCACAUUGAAGAAAACACCUGGGCGUAGUUGGGUAAAGCCAGCAACAUAGUGAUGCAGUUAUUCUUGGAAUGAAUUGUUCAUGCCCCUUACAGUGUUCCUGAGCCCUACCAGCACACGUAAGCUGGUUGUGCUUUGGAAUCUGGGGUAUUAUAAAAUACCGCAUCAAUAUAUAUUGUACAUCGACUGGAACAGGCUCCAUUGGCAGUUAAAAUAACAGAGCUGCCUUAUCUGUUGAUACUUGUACAUGUACUUUCGGACGGUGGUUACUAGAGCAAACAAAACACCUUUUACAGUGCUGACAUUUUCUGCAAUGUUCACUCUCCCAUCUACUCUU